CCUGCUGGCAGAAAAAGGGGAAAGGACCGUGCAGCAGGCUCAGCGCACAGGGCACUUGAGAUUUCAGAGGAGAGUGUCUUACUUUUGUGUGUUUGUGUAUGUAUAUAUAAAACUUUGGAGCAGAUAUGGGAGCAGCAGCCUAGGAAGAGUGUUAUAGACACCCACGCCUUGGUUCACCUGGUGUACCAGCUGAGAGCAGCUCUGCAGGGACACCCCAGCCACUCAGGCUGAGUGCACAAGACAGUGUUAGAAAGGGAGAGGCAUACUGGGCGCUGACAACCCUCUAACUUCCCAAUGGGGCUCUGGCUGCUGGUGCUGCUGGUGCUUCAGGCAGUUUGGAAAGGCGCACUGGGGAAAACCCAUUCUUUGCAUACAAGAGGACUCAUUGAAUUAGCAGGAGCCAUAUCCUGUGGCACAGGACGCAAUGCUUUGGCGUAUCUAGGUUACGGAUGCUACUGUGGUCUGGGAGGACGAGGCUGGCCUAAAGAUAAAGUGGACUGGUGUUGCCACAAGCAUGACUGCUGCUAUGACAAGGCAGAGCGGGAAGGCUGCAGCCCCAAGAUGCUGAGAUACGAAUGGACUUGUGAACGCAAUGCUGUGGUGUGCGAUACACUGACAGAUAGAUGCCAAAAAAUGGUGUGCCAAUGUGACCAAGAAGCAGCCAAGUGUUGGGGAACAGCCUCUUAUAACCCACACUACGUCCUCUGGCCAGAUUUCUUAUGUGGACAGUCUACUCCCACAUGUCAUGUUAGUUAGAUAUUGGGGGACAAGACUAAUCUUCUGGAGACAUUUUUCUAAUUUCUAAGCUACUGUAAUAAAAUUGUUCAUCUUUGAUCAAGA